UCGAGACCCUGGCGCACCGGCGUACUGGCGCACUGCGAUUGCAUAUCUUGCAAUGGCAAGUGAAAUAUUGGGUGGAUUUGUCAAAGAUGCCUUUCCAGAGCUCUUCGUGGAGGGCCAGGUUGUCUCUGCCGAACAGAGCUUUCACCGCCGGUUGGCAGAGUACGAGAUGAACAUUGAGCAACAAAAGCUUUUCCGAGAGGACUUGCGAGAUUUGGUUGAACUCACAGUGGGUCGGAUGGAUGUCUAUCAUUUGGUGGGUGCUUUGCUGCUCGAGUUCUGCAUCCAUUUCUACUGCGAGAAUCUGAUGAUAGAGGGUGCCAGAGAAAGCGACACCAAAGCUUUCGUGGUGGUGUUCUUCCUGAUUGCCAAUCUUAGUGCCGUUGGCUUCUUGGUUUUUUCCGUGUGGCUCUCCAUGCACGCAUCUGUUGCUUCCCACUCCAUCGGUGUUCGUUUGCUCACAAGCUUCGCAAGGCUCUCUAUCCCAACACGGAAAGAAUUGGAGGAGGUGGCAAAGGCUCCCCUCGUGCCUAUGGUGGAACGCUUCCGGAUGCUGGGAAAGCGCCUUGGUAUGGCCCAAGCAAGGGCAGAAGCAGAGGCCGCGCAAAGUCAAAGCUCAGAGGCAGCUCAGCAACAAGAGGCUCUGCGACGAGAGACUGCGCAGCUUGCAAGGGCUGCCGCUGGACUGAGCACAACGGUGGCUACCGCUUCAGAUUCUGCGCUUGCCAUCCAAGAAGGUGCCAAGGCCUUGUUCGAUCGAGAAUAUCACUUCCGCCGUUUCUUGAAGGAGCAAAGGCGUUGGCUGUUCUAUGAUGCGUAUGCUCGAGUGUGUAUGGCCCUAGGCAUCAAUCAAAUGUUGCAAGCGCUUUCCUACUACAUUGUUGGCGGCAUUGCUGAAGAGACACCAUCGGGUGCUGCUCUGUCCCUCGUGGGUGUUCAAGUCCUGUCUCUGCUACUGCUUCGGUUGGAUAUGGCAGAAGGACUCCAACACUGGAGCGGCGCCUUUGCAGUGAUUGUUUUCAUGGCCCUUCCACCCUUGUACAUUGGCAUUCUCAUUCACUUCGUGCCCACAGUGUCUGUCCGCACGGUGGAGUUUUUUGCAUUGCCAGCCUUCCUGCUUCACAGCAUGUGGAUGCUUCUGAUCGCGGCCUAUUUGGUGCCAGACACUGUCGAUGAGGGCCUGCCCAAAACGCUUCGGACGGUGCUGUACUUAGACGUCCUGCACUUGGAUCAGCAGGAAAUGGCUGAAGGUGCGGCAGCGCAACAGGUCAAGGACACCACUGAAGCCUUGCAGGAAGCACAGGAAGCCCUGAAACAGGCGAUGCGAGGAGUUCUGGAGCACGAGGCCACUGCUGGCAAUGUCAGCAGCACCGGACGGCAGGGUGAACAGCAGCAGCAGCUGGAGGCGCAGCUACGAGCUGAAGUGGUGGAGGCACGGGAGCAGGACCUCACUGCGCCCAGCAGCUCAACAAGUUCGGUUUCCAAGUGACCAGAUGGCGAUGCAGACCUGGACCAUCCUGGACCAUCCUGGAUCAUCCUGGACCUUUGAUCGCUGUCAUUUCUGUUGCGGACAGGAAAUCCGCAGGGCCGAGCGCACUUUGGACCAUUUCACGCUUUGGAAAGCUGCGUACUUCAUUCCUCUUUGGAGCUGUUUUCUCAUCCUGGAACAAAACAGGGUUCAGCUUUGCAUUUUGUGAAUUCUGUGAAAUGCAGAGUUCUUUGGUGAAAGAGGACUCAGCAAAAAACAGACGGCAUGGUGGUCAGCAUUUCACGAAAGCUAGUGUUUGCUACCUGUCUUCCAAGCUUUAGUUAAUUCUGAAGGGAUUGUUCACGUUGCAGGGUGCUGUAAAA